AUCCUCUUCAAAAGGUUCAAUCAAAAUUGCCGUGGUCUUUGAAUUUUGCUGUCCAAAAAAAACCAGGAAAAUAAGAAAACAAAAUACAAAGAAAGAUUUGGAAAGAGAAAAAAUGGCAACAAAUAUUCUCUCAACCUCAAACCCCUUCCUACUAACUAAUUCAUUCUCAUCAUCAUCAUUUGUAACACCAACAUAUGUUUACUACAAUCCCAUAAUGAAAUGCACAGUGAAGAGGGAAUUAACUCUUUGCAAAGCAGCAAACCAACCAGCCCCUCCACACUCUCCAAUUGUUGUGACAAAGAGAGGCUUGUCCAUCAGCUUCAUCACCAGCUUCGUGCUUUCAUUGGCUAGUAAGAAGAAUGCAAAUGCAGCAAUACUUGAGGCUGAUGAUGAUGAAGAACUCUUGGAGAAAGUAAAGCGUGACAGAAAGAAGAGACUUGAGAAGCAAGGUGUGAUCAGUUCUUCCAAACAAGAAACAGGGUAUCUUCAAGAUCUGGUGUACAAGCUAAGCACGGUUGGUCAAGCACUUGAAAAGAAUGAUCUAUCUGCUGCUGGCUCUGUCCUUGGAGGAAACGCGGACGCAGAUUGGGUCCAAAGGGCUAAUAUAGCCUUCAAUAAACUGAGCUCCAGUCCUGAAGAGAAGACUGAGGUAGACUCAUUCAACUCCUCAUUAGCUUCACUAAUUUCAUCAGUCAAUUGAUAAACUUUGGAGCAUAUGCUGACACUUCCGGUUUUAAGCAGUUUCUAAGAAUGAUGUUGAGUCCUCCAAAAUUGCCUUCGUCUCUUCGGCCACCGCAUUUGAGAAGUGGACUUCUAUGACAGGCCUUGCUGCUCAGCUUAAGGGGCUUUGAGGGAAAACAAUGUACAAAAGAUAUCAUUUCAUUUCAUCAUUUUGCGAUCAAUAUAGAGAAUUCCAUUAAUUUUUCUACCCAUGUCACCUAAUUGUUGUCUUGGGAGCAGUCUCUUCACAGCAUUAUCUUGUACUGCUUCAUAACUAUCAACAAGCCCAUUCUUUGUUAGGUUAAUUAAGCUUGGGUUACGAGCAGUGUCACUGAAAUUUUGUAAAUUUGAUGUCAUUAUUUAAUGGCAUGUUCUGUUAUUUUUGCUCAUCUACCUUGGCAAACAAAGGCCUUUUUAAGUUUAUUGUAGGGUGAUCGCUAUGUAUAUUAAAUCUGUUUAGCAGGGGAACUACAUGGCCUAUUUUUUAUUCA